AAAUGUGCCUACCCAAAAUGAAAUCUACUGAUUAGAGAAAUGAUAAUGCUUGUCUCUUAAAUUUUAGGAUUGAUUUUUCUUAAAUUAUUGAAAUAUUUGAAUUAUGUAUUCUUAGAUGAUGAUGAUUACACUAAAUUUGAAAUAUGAUAACAGAAAUUGCAAUGAUUCAACUAAAAGUUACAUUUUCUUUAUAAGACAUGAUAUAUUUUCCAUUUAGAAAUAAAUAUCUAUUACUCAUAGUUUCAAUACCUUACAUUUGAUUAGCUGCAAUCAACGAAAAAAUUACACAUUGGUCAAGUGAAUCAAACUUUGAAGAAUUGAUAAAUUUUUAGUGUUUUUAUUAACUUUUUUUAUAUUUUUUCUAUUAUAUUUUUAUCGUAUAGGUAUACUUAGUAUUGCUCAAAUUAUUGAUUUUUAACCACACUAUACGUUUUUGUUUAACUGAAGUUAGCUAUUCAUUUUAAGAAAUAUAUUUUAGUAAUUUAUAAAUUACUGAAAUAAAUGCAAUUAGUCUAUAGUUUACUUACAAUAUGUAUCAAAAAAAUUCAAAGGAGAGAUAUAUUUUUUCAUCAUCAACAUUUCGCUAUUGUUUUAUAUUAGUUCUUCUAUUUUGUAUUUGGCAACUUAUAAAAAUCACAACAUUUUUAUUUAAUAAUGAAAAUCAGAUAUCUCAUACUACAUUAUUAGAAUCAAAAAAAAAUUAUUCAAUUAAUAGUUACAAUCAAACUAAGUCUUACUAUUUACCAGUAAGUGUUUAUUAUGAAGCUUUAUGUCCUGAUUCAAGGAAUUUUUUUAUUAGACAUUUACUUCCAUCAUACAACAAAGCUCCAAACUACUUCAAAAUAAAAUUUGUACCAUAUGGAAAAGCUAAAACUGAAGAAAAUUCUGAUGGUACAUUUACUUUUGCAUGCCAACAUGGCCCAUUAGAAUGUCAUGCUAACAAGAUACAUUCGUGUGCUGUACAGCAUAUAAAAGAUGGUAGUGUACUGAUAAAUUAUUUAUCUUGUAUGAUCGAUGAUAACUCGGAACCUGAAAAAAUUGGAAUACUAUGUGCUAAAAAUUUCAAUGUUAAUUGGAAUAAAAUAUAUAGCUGUUCAGAAGGGAAAGAAGGUGAACAACUUUUAAAAUUAAAUGGGGAUGAAACCAACAAACUAUGGCCUGAAGUUUCUUUUAUACCUACAAUUCUUAUCAAUGAAAAACAACCAAGGCAGGCAUCAGUUUUAAAAGAUUUUUGGGGAAUGGUGUGUAAAUAUUUUCCAUCUGAGUUAAAACCCAGCUCGUGUUAACAUUCUCAAGAAAUUUUUUAUUGUUUUAAUGACUACAUAAUUUGUUUUUUUUUACUGUGCAAUAUGUGUAUGUAAACUAUAUUUAUGUGAUAUAAAAUUUAUUAUUCUAAAAUACAGGUAUACUUGUUAUUUUUAA